GUGUGUACCAAUCUGUGGUUUCAAGGUUUAGGUGUUUGCGUAGGUAGGAAGUGAUUCAUUGACCCACCCAGAAAGGAAUAGUGUGAAACAUUUUUGUUAAUGAAUAAAUAUUUCGGGCUGAAUAUUGUGUGAUUGUUGUUGACUUGAAUACAUCGUAUGGAGGACGUGUUUUAAUACACCAUUCAGAUUUUUAAUAGGAGAAGAAGAAGAAGUUUAGGAAGUGUCAGUUAUGGCUGAUCAUUUUGGCCCCAUUGCCCUGAAAUGGGAUCCCAAGAACUUGGAGAUUCGGACUAUGUCAGUGGAGAAGACACUGGAGCCAUUGGUAUUACAGGUGACAACAUUAGUAAACACCAAAGGUCCAUCAAAAAAGAAGAAAGGCAGAUCAAAACGAGCACAUGUUCUUGUGGCUGCUGUAGAGAAGGCAACAGAAAAUUUUAUUGAAAAGGGUGAAAUGAUUGCAUAUGAAAAUCCAGACAUCAAACAUGAAAUGCUGUCAGCAGUGGAAGAAGUUCGCAAGACAGGAGAGGCCAUGAGCAUGGCAGCGAGAGAAUUUGCAGAUGAUCCAUGUUCCUCAUUGAAAAGGGGUAACAUGGUACGAGCAGCUCGUAAUCUUCUCUCAGCAGUUACUCGGCUUCUCAUUUUAGCAGACAUGGUAGAUGUUCACCUACUACUCAAGUCAUUAAGAGUGGUUGAAGAUGACCUUGAGAAAUUGAAGAAUGCUUCCAGUCAAUCAGAGCUGCUUGAUAACAUAAAAGCAUUUGGCCGAAAUGCCUCUGAGCUGAUGAAUCAAGCUGCAAAGAGACAGCAAGAGCUGAAGGACCCGCAGCUCAGAGAUGACCUGGCUGCUGCACGUGCUGUGCUCAAGAAACACUCCACGAUGCUGCUCACUGCUUCAAAGGUGUAUGUGCGCCAUCCAGAACUUGCUGCUGCUAAAGCCAACAGAGACUAUGUCUUCAAACAAGUGUGUGAGGCUGUGAAUACUAUCUCAGAUGUUGCUCAAGGAAAGGGACCAGCUGUUCCGCAGCACCCAUAUGAUGGCCCAGGUGAACUGGCUGCAGCUUUGGAUGACUUUGAUGAACACAUUGUUAUGGACCCACUGGCAUAUAAUGAGGUCCGUACCAGACCUUCAUUGGAAGAACGUCUGGAGAGUAUCAUCAGUGGAGCAGCUCUGAUGGCUGACUCAUCCUGUACACGUGAUGAGAGGCGGGAGAGGAUUGUUGCAGAAUGUAAUGCUGUCCGUCAGGCUCUGCAAGAUCUACUGUCAGAGUACAUGUCCAAUAUGGGAACCAAGGAACAGAGUGAAGGCUUAGAGCGAGCUCUGGAUCACAUGUGCCGCAAGACGCGUGACCUUCGUCGUCAGCUGAGAAAAGCUGUUGUUGAUCAUGUGUCUGAUAGUUUCCUUGAAACAAACGUUCCUCUUUUGGUGCUGAUUGAAGCUGCUAAAGCUGGUAAUGAGAAGGAAGUGGAGGAAUAUGCACUGGUGUUUACUGAACAUGCCAACAAGCUAGUGGAGGUUGCAAAUCUGGCAUGCAGCAUGUCGGGCAAUGAGGAUGGAGUGAAAAUGGUGAGAUAUGCAGCUGCCCAGAUUGAGAACCUGUGUCCGCAAGUAAUAAAUGCUGCGCGCAUCCUUGCUGCAAGGCCACGCUCUAAGGUGGCCCAGGAGAAUAUGGAUGUCUUCCGUGAUGCUUGGGAGAACCAAGUCCGUAUCCUCACUGAGGCUGUGGAUGACAUCACUACCAUUGAUGACUUCUUGGCUGUUUCAGAGAAUCACAUUUUGGAAGAUGUGAACAAAUGUGUGCUGGCCCUACAAGAGGGAGAUGCUGAUACACUAGAUCGCACUGCAGGAGCAAUUCGUGGCCGAUCAUCUCGAGUGUGUAAUGUUGUUGGAGCAGAAAUGGACAACUAUGAGCCUGGAAUUUACACAGAACGAGUUCUUGAAGCAGUCAAAGUGUUACGGGACCAAGUCAUGCCCAACUUUGCUCAGCGGGUAGAGGUGGCAGUGGACGCACUGUCUUCCAAUCCACCGAAAGAUGUGGAUGAGAAUGAGUUCAUAGAUGCAUCCAGGCUUGUGUAUGAUGGGGUGAGAGAAAUCCGACGUGCUGUACUCAUGAACAGGACGGAUGAGGAGCUGGAUCCAGAGGACGUUGAACUUGAUGAACAUUACACCAUAGAGACACGAAGCAAAUCAAGUGCACACACUGGUGAGCAUGGUGUGGAUGAGUAUCCUGAUAUCAGUGGAAUUACCACUGCUAGGGAGGCAAUGCGUAAGAUGACAGAAGAAGAUAAGCAGAAAAUAGCACAGCAAGUGGAAUACUUCCGUAGUGAGAAACUAAAAUUUGAUCGUGAGGUGGCCAAGUGGGAUGACACUGGCAAUGAUAUCAUUGUUCUUGCCAAGCACAUGUGUAUGAUCAUGAUGGAGAUGACUGACUUCACUCGGGGUCGUGGUCCUUUGAAAACAACAAUGGAUGUGAUUAAUGCAGCAAAGAAGAUAUCAGAAGCAGGCACAAAACUGGAUAAGCUGACACGGCAGAUUGCAGACCAGUGUCCAGAGUCCUCUACCAAGAAGGACUUGCUGGCCUAUCUUCAGAGAAUUGCCCUCUACUGCCAUCAGAUGAACAUAACUUCCAAAGUAAAAGCUGAUGUACAGAAUAUUAGUGGAGAGCUCAUUGUUUCUGGGUUGGAUAGUGCAACAUCACUUAUUCAGGCAGCAAAGAACUUAAUGAAUGCUGUCGUUCUAACCGUGAAGUCUUCAUAUGUUGCAUCUACAAAAUAUCCACGCCAGGGCACCAUCUCAUCACCAAUUGUAGUGUGGAAGAUGAAGGCCCCAGAAAAGAAGCCACUUGUGAGACCUGAGAAACCAGAAGAGGUGCGUGCCAAGGUGCGCAAGGGGUCACAGAAGAAGGUUCAGAAUCCUAUUAAAGCGCUCAGUGAAUUCCAGAGUCCCACUGAGUCAAUCUAAGUGGUAAUGCAGUCUCUUUAUUGAUCAGGUGUCCACUGAUGUUUUGGAGGAAUGUGUUGCCCCCAUCUUCAGGAAUGAAGAGUAAGCCAAGCAAGAAACAAGCAGCAAGGAGAGUCUUUUUCUGUGGACGUCUGCUGAACUACAGGGUGAUGCAACACAGAUCAUAUUCUAUAAUUGCCCUUAUGAGAACUUCAGAUCCAACUUUACAUGAAGAGUUUAACAAACAUAUAGCUGUUUGUUAGCAGUUAUUUGUGGAUGAGACCUCUGCAGUUGAUCAGAGAAUGUGUUUUGCUAGAUGUAUCAAAAAGAGAGUGAUAUUUUUCAUUUUCAGUACAUCAUGCACCCAAUUUUUUGUUCACACAGAAAUAUGCAUGAAUUAAGCAUUGAAAUAUAGUAAAUCAUUUCUGUCAAAAGCGUUUGCUUGUUAUGAGGAGAAUAAAUUAUGUCAUGUUUAUUUAACAGUACUCUUGUGCUUCUUCCUUUCGCACAUUAUUUGAUCUUUUAUAACAGGCGUUAUCUGAUUUAGUUGUUCAGCAAUACAUGAACAAUGUGGCCAGAUGUUUUAUGAUGUUACCAGUUAACUUCUUCCUUGAACCUAAAAGUGUGGUAGAUCUGGUCUGAAGUAGCACACAUCAGGCCUACUACUCUUUUAGUAACUUUUAACUGUCAUGUAUAAAACCCUAUCAUUCUCAUUUCUUUGUACUGAAUGUAAUUGUUGGGGUCCAAUUCAUUUUAACCAGUAUGGGUAUAUAACUAUUUGAGUGUUGAUACUUUUAUAAACGUUUCCAAAUAUUAGAGUAACUUUGUGCAGUAUUAGAAGUGUAGGAUGUUCAGAAAAUGAUGUCCAGAUUUAUUGAAGGAUAUGUCUGUGAUAUUUAAUUAUGAAUCAUUGAUGACAUAAGUGAUGGAAGUUACUGAUAGGUCCCUCCAGACUCAGAUUGAUAAGGGUAGCUACUGCUUAAUUGUUAUUUUUACUUCAUUCUUAAAUUUUAUACUUAUGUUGUACCCCAAACAUGAUGUAAUCAUUUAGAGAAUAUUUUAUUUAUAAUAAUAUGGCUUCUGUUGCAAAGAUAUGGCAUUAAUAUAAUUAAUUUAAUAAAAGACAUUGAUGAACUGAAAAAUCUCAGUCAGUUACCUCUUUUUAUAAAAGAUGUACAUCAAACCAUAUCCUCUAGAGCAGGGUUCCUAAACUUUCUGGUAUGGCAACCCACAUUUAAUGGUUAUUGAUAUGCAUUAUGAAUUUAUUGUCACCUGAAUUCUGGAGCUUUGUCAGUCAUUAUCUCAUGUACUUAACUGCAAGUUUACAUGUUUUUAACAGUUACUAGAGACAUCCGGACAAAAAUUUAAUCAACUCUCCUAUUGAUGUGGAAUUUGUUGAAAUAUUUAUGGUAUUUACAUAAUUAGUAACGGUUUUGCUUAUGUGAUGGAAAAACUGAAACCUCCUGACUGCAGGAUAUACUGCUUGAUUGGUUACAGAAAUUUAUUUUUGAAUCAUAUGGUAACACAAGAAAUAAUAAGUAUAAUGAACUAAGGGUGUUUUCAUUUGACUAAGUAUGAAAUCCAUGGCCAGUAUCAGCAGAAUGGCUGAGCUUGCAUUUUGCAGAGUAGGUGAAUGCAGGAUUACAUGAUUAUCAGUCUUGGUCUCAGAUCAUUGUUGAUGCUUAGACUUCUUUGUUUCAUCUUCAUAGUAGUCAUUCCUGAAAAACCUGUCUCACAAAGCUGUGCAGCAGUAUAUGACAGCAUCACAGAUACAGGUGUAUUGGUAAGCUCUAGAUACUCAGUUUUAACAUGAAAUUAAACUUCAGUAAUGUUAUUUUCAGUCUGUUGACCCUGAUAAUUUGCAAACAUAUAUUAUUCAAAAGAAAUCCAUGUACUUCUUGUUAUAACUCAGUCACUGCAGCACACGAGUAAUUGGCAGUCCCAGUUGAUUCAUUCACAUCAGCAGAUAUCACAGAAAUCUGAUAAUUAACGCAAUUAUUCAAAAGGGGACUGCCACCAUCUUACCUACUAUACUAUCUCAUAAGAAUGCUUUCACCAUGUGUACAUUGGAUAGGAAAAUAAGCUCUUCAUCUUUAACAUCGUAUUACAUAGGACGUGUGUAUCUGGAGGAUGAGCAGGUCAUUUGUCUCUGAAUAGCAGUAUGUUCCUUUUUGCAGCACUCACCUUGGCAUCCAGUGACGCUAGAGAGUUCUUGAGAAGUUCUGAUGUUAUCCCUGAAUUUGAAUUAUUGAUGUACUUACAGGGCAGGGUCCUCACAUUCUUGAAACACCUUGGUUUUUUCUAACUGCCCACCACUAGUGCUUGAAACAUCUCACUCCAGUCUGAAUUUGAACAUAGAAGAGCUGCUGUCCUCUCCUUACUCUUCUUUUCCAGUGUCAAGCUUCUCCUCUAACCGAAAUUAUCUUCUGGCGAUAAAUGGAUCUUUGAGCAGUCUACCAUGUUUUUCACAGAAUUACUGGGGUUUUGGACAUUUUCCAUCGUCCGAAAUUCUGUGUAAUAGAGGAUACAGUGUUUCAGAAACUGGAUCUGUUUCCUUCUUCAGGUGAGAAAGGAAGAAACCUACUCAAUUGGGCCCUUUAGGAAGAGCUAAUAUUUCCCCCCCACCACAAUGCUGAAACUGCUUUCAGUAGGCCAGACUGGGUGUACAUAUCUGUCUGUAUCCCAUUUCAUGUAUGUUUCUAGUGCUUCACAGGUUUUAUCAGUUCCUCCUAUACAUAUAUAGUCGGGCCUUGAUUAUAGAGUUUUCGCCUUUUCUGUUUUGUGACUUUCAGGGAAUGUAUCCUUCAGUGAAUAUGAAACAUCUCUUUUUUUCUGUCCUCUCAGUCCUUUGAACCCAGUUCUUAACAGCUACUACUGGAAUAUGAUGGCAAAACUGCUAGAUGUAAAGUCAAGUUUUAACAAUGUUGUACAUUAAUGGUCUUUCAUUGGAACAUGAGUGCUUCUCUGAUAUGGACUUUUUACAGCUAGUCCAUAAAAUUGUAGGGAGAGUAAUUAAGAGGUCUGUCUUCUGGUUUGAAUCACUGUGUAGUCCACUGAAACUCAGCCGAUAUCUCCAUGAUAACAUUGGCUGACUUCAACAGACUACACAGCAUUAUAUCCCAGAAGACAGAACUCUUCAAAGGUACUGCUGUGAGAACCUCACAUCCUGUGUAAUGAAAAGAGUCCAUCAGACAGAACUUAUUCAGAAGCAGAUGAGUGAGAGUAGUGUUCUAGAAAAGUUCAUGCUGCUAGAUUUCAUAUGCAAAAUGACAAUGAUGUGGGAUGUGGUGAAGUAGACUGUAUGAUUGCUAGUUAUGAGGCCAGACAAUUGAAAUAGACAAAAGCAAUAAUGAAGAAACAGUGUUCAUUCCAUAAGAUCAGAGAAACGUUCAUGUGCUAAUAAAUGGACUAAAGGAUUAUACAGUUAUUUGGAACAAGAGGACACAUUCUUUUUGAACAAAACUGGUAUUAAUGUAGUCUCAGAACCACAACAAGAAUGAACUUGUAUAAUAUUUUUCAGGUUAUCAGCUCCAGUUCCCUCUUCCAUUGCCAUAUAUAAUUGAGAGUCUGCUGUAAUGGAUGUACAAGUAGUUUAAGUGAAUUUCUACAUUGGAGGAAUGCACAUGUUUUGGAGUUGCUGCACACAAGUUAGCUGCCAUUAUAUUUUCAGGUCUCUGUUGUUAACUACACGUAUUCGAGGAAAUACUGGAAUAUCAUUUCUGCUUUUGCUUUCUGCAUGCCUUUUAACUGGAUUUUGUUCACAGUACUCCCAGUGCUUGCUAAAAAAUGUAGAAAUAAAUCACAUAAACACAUGUAAGAUUUGAGGCUUUCACGGCGGUGACUAUCGGUGACUAUG